UUUUAGGAAUGUAGUAAUGAGUUAGCUGGCCAGCAAACAAAGAUCUUACUAUCUCGUCUCUAGAUAAGUGACGUAAUGGGUAAUGUAAACAAUGCUAAACUGUGCGGGGGAAGUGUUCACAAAUGUGUGUUCCGAUCGUGCCGAGUAGGAGCUCGAAGGUCUCUCCUCCUUAGAGCAUAACAUGUCGAAUUACGGGCUGCUGGACAAAGCUGUCGGUUCGUCGGUGCCUUUGGAAAGCGUUUGGAUUCGCGCGGUUAUUCGAGGCUUCACUGCUCAUGUCUUAGCAACUUUGGAAUACAAAAAUAACAGCUCAAAUCCACUCGAUGCAAUUUAUGUUUUUCCUGUCGACGACCAUGCAGCGAUUUGUGGGUUUCAAGCUACUAUCGAUGGUAGAUCCGUCGUGGCAGCAGUUCAGGAUAGAGGGGAAGUAUUACAGCAGAAUAUUGACAGCGCGCGCUCAACUCAGAACGGCUUAGCGGUGAAUAUUGAUGACAACGCUGAUAAUUUUCAAAUCGGAGUUGGAAUUUUGCCUUCCUAUAAGACCGCAGUAUUACAGGUAACUUAUGUGGCGGAAUUACCUGUUGGAAAGGAUGGACAAGUUGUAUUUAUUUUGCCUUCUGUAAUAAACCCCAGGGUUUUCCAAGAACACGAUGCGCGGAAGAAAAACUUGGGACGUCGCACCGCUUCAGUGAAUUCCAAGUAUUCGUUCGAGUUGGAUUUAAAAGUGCAAAGCGCAACAAGUAUUCAAGAGAUAACCUCACCCUGUGGUGGUCUUGAAUACGAGAUUAACGCGUCAGACAAGAGACAAGCUUCUGUCCGACUCACGGGGGAAUCCUAUCACUUCAACGAUGAUGUGCAAGUGAACGUGAUUAGAAGUGAACCAUUCCAACUACACGCGCUCACAGAGAAUGGCGUGACAACAAAAUCCUCAGACAAAUUCCUAGCUACGCCCAUUGUUAUGCUCAACUACUUUCCCGAAUUUACAGAUUGCAAAGAGCGCACAAGAGGAGAGUUCAUCUUUCUCGUUGACCGAAGUAAAAAUAUGAAGGGGGAAAAUAUCGAUCGUGCGCGUGAAGUUUUGUUGUUGUUUUUGAAAAGUUUGCCGGACGGAUGCCAUUUUAAUGUGAUUAGUUACGGAGCAUCGUAUAUCAAGCUCUUUACCCAGAGUGAGGUAUGCGACCAUAGCUCGCGUGAGAGGGCUAGCGAUUUCGUUUGGGACUUGAAGGCGGGUAUUGAUAACGCGCGCCCUAUCGACCCGCUCAGAGAGGUGUACUCACACAACCUGAUAGACACAGGCUACCCGCGGCAGGUGUUUCUCGUGACUGGGGGAGAGGUUGGGAAUGCCGAGCAAGUCACGGAUGAAGUCCGGAAAAACGCGCACACCGCCAGGUGUUUUACCCUAGGAAUAAAUGUCGGCAAACAUUCGGACCAUGUUCGGAGAAUAGCGAGGGCUGGCCGAGGUACCUGCGAACUUGUCUCUCAACUGGAUAGGGUGGCACCCAAGGUACAAAGCAUGUGGGAUGAGGCCACACAGCCCGUCGUUACCAAUUUCCACGUGUCCUGGACUCUGCCAGAUGGGUGGGUCGCACGAUGCAUCCCCUAUAACCUGCCCCCGAUCUACCGCGGCCACACCCUCAUCCUGUACGGGCUUCUGAUGCGAGAAGACAACAAGCAGCCGUCGUACAUCGUGGCCGUGGAGGGGAAGGCGACCAUCAGCGCAUCCAUCCAACACGGGGACACCACCAAGGAUGUCCAUCAGGAGGUCCGAUUCAGCGCACUUUCCGGGAAUCCUGUGGACCGCGAUAUCUUCCUGCAUCGAUUGACGGCGAAGGCGUUGAUCGAGGAGGAGGAGGACAAGCGGGUUUGGAACCUCACGUCAGGGGGUCUAGCGACUAGAGCGCCUAUCGUAAGCCUCAGCAAGUCCACUAAUAUUAUCUCCAAGUCGACCACCUUCGUGGCGGUAGAUAAGAGCACACACGAGGUGAUCGCGGUACCUGAGCUUAAGGCUCAAGUUGAAAGCUUUACCCAAUCUGCGCCGGAGGGCAGGAUCUUCGGCUUGAAGGCUGUUAACAUGAAGAUCCCAAUUCCUGAUGAAGCGGAUGGUAUCAUUGUACCAAGCUCUCCGGUGUUCAUAAGCGAGACGAGCCCUAGAGUGAAAACUCCUUCGUCUGCGCCCCUCCCGCAUAGUUCCACCCGGACGGUAGGGUUCACUUACAAGCUGGACGGGUCAAUUACCAGUCCCACCAGCCCGCCAACAAAGCAAAUCGCAAUUAGUUCGAACGCGCCAAAAGUUCGACAAGAGGUCGAACUCAGUCGCCCCGCGCAGGUCACAUCAACCUCUAACAUCAACAUCCAGCAAUUCAACUUUGCGCAACCAGUUAGUCCUACACUUACUAAUCCUCCUACAGCCUGCCAAGAGAUCCCGGGCCCGGCAGCCCAACUUGCGGCGAGCCAAGCCGUCAAAGAAGUCAACUUCAGUCCCCAGGCCCCUGUGAGCCCAUCUCAGCCGGUGAUUUCAAGGUCCGAAAUGUAUAUCGAAGGGAGCCCCAAACAGGAAACAAUUGAUGCGAUCACUUUUGAGAUUCCCAUGGAUCCUUCAGCAUCCGUGGUCAAUGGUACCCCCGGUCUCCCCUCGGGUGUGCUAAGUCCCCCUGUGUAUGGCAAGACAUUCCGCUUGAAUGGAUACAACGAAAAAAGCCCAAAGGUCAGUCCCCCUCCCGUGAAACCAAAAUCAUACAGUCCCGAAGCGCGCUCGUGCGGUUCAGAGAGGCAGCCGGAAACACCAGUCGCUCCAGCAAAGCAGUCGCAGAUGCGUUUCAAUUCCGAAGCGCCACUCGCACCUCAAUAUAGAUACGAAUCGCCAUCAGAACCACGAUAUAGCCCCAGAACGCCACCAGAGACAAGAUGCAGCCCUGGGGCGCCUUCAGAGACAAGAUGCAGCCCUGGAGCGCCUUCAGAGACAAGAUACAAUCGCGAAAUGCCAUCGGAGCCGACAUACAGCCCUGGCGUUCUACUGGAGGCACGAUACAGUCCCGAAGCACCCGCACAACCAAGCUCAGGGGCUUCUACAAGUCCACCUGUGAAACCAAAGCCAAAUAGUUACAGUCCCAGCCAAAGAUCGCCUCUCAGCGAACCACCAGUCAAUUCCACAGUCGGGUCACUCAAUUACGCACAGGCAUCGCAAGCUAAUAUGGAUCUUAAAGAUAGCUUUCCUCCUGCUCCUUCGUCUUUCCAUGAAUCGUCGAAAACUAGUCCAUCACGGCUAAACGAGACCGCGAAUUCCUACCAGGCGGACCAAGAAGACGGGGUACCGCCCGAGUUCAAGGAAGAGCGCCUCGCUAUGCUCGAGAUUCUAUCACUGCAGCAGCCUUCAGCGGCAUGGCCUCUGGACUACCUCCUCGCGGACGUGUGCGGGAUACCACUCAGCGAGUUGAGGCGUUCGUGUCCACGUGCUAUCACCAUGGAUACGGUCACUAUGGAUACGGCAUGGGCUACUGCCCUGGCGCUCGCGUGUUUGCACGUAAAGUUUUCGCACUUGCAGAGUGAGUGGGACGCCGAGGCGAGGGCCGGAAGUAAAUGGAUGAGUACUACCUUGGCCGCAGGGGGACUGGACUUCCAAGAGAUCAUGGAUAAAGCGGCGACGAUGAUUGAAGACACUUUCAUGUCGUCCAUGCUCUAGAUGUGUUGCUAGAUGCCUCAUUUGGGAGCCAGUGAUAUUGCUAUAGAGAACGGCGUCCCUGAUUUCAGGUUUUUCAGGGGCUAUGAUUGAGUCACCUUCACUAUGCUCCAGAAAUAUUGCCUUGUAGAUGGUGUGGUUUAAAACCGGUGCUACCGUUUAAAAAGACAGUGUACUUGAUUCCAAGAGGACAGCGUCUUUGAUUUAAGGUUUCUCAGUGAUGAUUUUAGUCACUUAGAUAUCGUUAAUGUUCUAGAAAUGCUGCUUUGUAGAUGAUGUAUUUGUACGCCGGUAAAUCUGUUAGAGAAAACAGCGUCCUAAAUUCCAGGCGAUAACUUUCGUGUCGUCAAUGUUCUAGAUUUGUUGCUUUGUAAAUUGUGUGUUUGGAAACCAGUGAUAUUGCUAGAGAGGAAAGUGUCAAUUAGUGUUAACUCAAAGCUUCUCAGCUACGACGUUAAAAAAACUUUUAUGUCGUAGAUAAUGUCUUUGGAUGUGGGGGACAUUGCUAGACAAAGUAAGCGUCCUUGAUUCCAGGGUCUUUUUUUCAAUUGCUACAGAAACUGCCAUCAAUGAACGCUACUCUGCAUCAUAUACUUUAUAGGAAAAGCAGCCCCUCUCUGGGUCAUUUCCUUAACUGUAGGCAGCAAAAUUUGUCAUGGUUAUUCAUGAUUCAUUUAUGCUAAGCCUGAUGACAAGAGAUAUUCAUUAUUUGAGAGGUAGGGUAUAUAAUUUAGUUGGUCUUCAAUGGUUUGCAAAUCUUUCAAGAAAACAACAAAAGAAAUUUUAUAGACAAAUUUGAAAAAUAAAAGUGUAUUUUUUAAUCAUUAAUAUUAUAACUUGAGGCAAAAUAAAUUACUACUUGGUAACA